ACAACAGUGUGUUUGUUUGUAACUAAAGGAGGAAGGGUUUUGCACCGUUUUUUCUUGUCUUGUUCUCUUCUCUUUCUCUUUCUCUUCUCUUCUCUUCUCUUCUCUUCCAUUCUCCUCUCCUCUCCGCAGAAGAAGAGACAGAAAUAUCCAACAACAACCCUUUUCACAGAGUGUUGUGAUAUGCAGCAAGGUGAUCAAACUGUCCUUAGCUUGAGGCCUGGUGGUGGACGUGGCGCUGGAACCAGGCUUCUCUCAUCAUCUCCCUCCGAUCUUCCUUUGUUCCGCUCCCAUGGCGCCGCUCUUGCUUCUUUCUCUCUCAAGACUGGAGAUUCACGGUUUGAAGGUCGUGAGCGCGUGCGAUACACCAGAGAUCAGCUUUUAGAGCUUAGAGAGGUUGUUGAGGUCCCUGAUGCUAUUCUAAAGGCUAAACAGCAUAUAGAAGCGGAGCUUCUUGGUGAAGAUCAAAGUUGGAGCCGUACUGAAAGCAAUCCUCCACCUCAAUCACAAAAUCGAUAUUCUGAGCCAGAUAGCCGUGACUGGCGUGGUCGUACUGGACAACUUCCGCCUAAUCCAGAUGAUAGAUCUUGGGAAAAUCUCAGAAAGCAUGAUGCUAGUCAGGUUAAUCGCCAAGACCAACUCAAUUCCCAGUUUGCGAGGGCACAAAUCUCUUCUAACCAAGGGGGAGGAUCUAACACUCUAGCUAAGGCGGAGGUUCCGUGGUCAGUUAGGAGAGAAACUCUCUCUGAAAAGGAUCGUGUCUUGAAGACUGUAAAAGGAAUACUAAAUAAGCUAACUCCGGAGAAGUUUGAUCUCUUGAAGGGCCAGUUAAUUGAUUCUGGCAUUACAUCAGCUGACAUCUUGAAGGGUGUCAUUUCGCUUAUAUUUGAUAAGGCUGUUUUAGAACCAACAUUUUGCCCUAUGUAUGCUCAGCUGUGUUCUGAUCUUAAUGAAAAGCUUCAAUCAUUCCCAUCUGAAGAACCUGGUGGAAAAGAAAUCACUUUUAAGCGAGUACUUUUGAAUAUUUGCCAGGAGGCUUUUGAAGGUUCUUAUAAUCUGAGGGAGGAAGUAAAACAGAUGACUGCUCCUGAGCAGGAGAUGGAGCGUACAGACAAGGAAAGACUGAUCAAGCUUCGUACCCUUGGAAAUAUACGUUUAAUUGGUGAGCUUUUGAAGCAGAGGAUGGUUCCUGAAAAGAUUGUUCAUCACAUUGUUCAGGAGCUUUUAGGACCCCCAGACAGCAAUUCUUGUCCAGUUGAGGAAAAUGUUGAAGCCAUAUGCCAAUUUUUCAAUACUAUUGGCAAGCAGCUUGAUGAAAGUCUUAAAUCGCGGCGAAUAAAUGAUUUGUAUUUUAGCCGAUUGAAAGAACUGAGCAAAAACCCCCAACUUGUCGCACGGCUAAGGUUUAUGGUUCGCAAUGUUUUAGAUUUGCGUGCCAAUAACUGGGUUCCUAGACGUGAAGAGGUGAAAGCUAAAACCAUUACUGAAAUUCACUCAGAGGCUGAAAAACAUCUUGGAUUGCGUCCAGGUGCUACUGCUAGCAUGAGAAAUGCCCGUGGAGGGGUUCAAGGAAACGUCGGCCCUGGGGGCUUCCCCAUUGCUCGACUCGGUACCGGGGGUAUGAUGCCUGGAACGCCUGGAAUGCCAGUGACCAGGAAAAUGCCUGGGAGUUCUGCAAUUGAUAAUGACAACUGGGAGGUUCAGAGGACUAGAUCUAUGCCAAGAGGGGACUCGUCAGGUACUCAAGCUGCAGGACGCAACAACUCGGCUUUACUUUCAAAGCCCCCAACCCUGAAUUCAAAAUUGCUUCCUCAAGGUAGUAGUGGUAUAAUAAGUGGAAGUAGUGCUCUAGUACAUGGAGGUGGUCCACUUACUGCUCGCCCGUCAAACUUUGGUUUAGGUUCUGAGGCUGCACCUGAAGUCUCUUCACCUGUUAAACCAGUUUCAGCUGUGCCCUCUGUGAAGCCGCAGGCUCCAGCUGUGAAACUGAAUCAUGAAGAUCUUAAUCGCAGAACCGUCUCUCUUCUGGAAGAGUACUUCAGUGUUAGGAUUUUGGAAGAGGCAUCACUGUGUGUGGGGGAGUUAAAAUCUCCAUCUUACCACCCUGAGGUUGUUAAGACAGCCAUUUCCCUUGCACUUGAUAAAAGUCCACCAUGUGUUGACCCGGUUGCCAAUCUUCUCGAGUAUCUAUUCAUCAAGAAGAUACUUACAAAUGGAGACAUAGGGAGUGGCUGUUUGUCAUUUGGUUCUCAGCUGGAUGACAUUGGCAUAGAUUUACCCAAAGCACCGAGUAAUUUUGGUGAGAUCAUAGGGAAAGUAAUUUUGGCUGGGGGGUUGGAUUUUAAGGUGGUGAAAGAGAUUCUUCAGAAGAUGGAUGAUGACCUGUUCCAGAGAGCAGUGUUUGACAGUGCAGUUGGGGUCAUUAGUUCUGCAUCUGGGCAAGCUGUAUUGGAGUCUCAAAAAUCUGAUAUUGAGGCCUGCCAGAGUCUGCUCAAGUAAAUUCAAAAUGAAAACUAGAUUAAGACGAACAUCUCUGCCUAAUUUACAGCUUCCAAAUUCCCUUACCUUCAUGCCCACUUUUGAGUUAGACCAUUUUGUAUGGAAGGAUGUUGUAAAGUGGAGCUUCUAGUGUUAGCUAUAUUUAUUGAGCUGUAUAAUUUUAAUUUUUUUUUUGAGGUCUUGAAGUUUUCUAUUGAAUUUGAGGGACAAGUCAAACCAUAAAGCCAAAGAUUUUGUUUUCCGAUUGGCUAAUCAUGUGCCAAAUUUCUUCAGAAGAGUGGCCCAUUUGAGGGCUCAAAUGUUUUUAUAUCACCAGUUUUAACUUUA